AUGGGGCAAGCACAGCAAACAGAGAACAAUCCAGAGAUUGAUGUCAAAGUGCUUCAGGACAUGUAUAAAAAGUUUGUCAUGGAAUGCCCAAGUGGACUACUUUUUCUGCACGAGUUCAAGCGUUUCUUCGGUGUGGAGCCGACAGGGGAAGCGUCUGAUUAUGCGGAGAACAUGUUUCGAGCCUUUGACACAAAUGGGGACAAUACAAUUGAUUUCCUUGAGUUUGUGGCAGCCCUGAAUCUUGUUUUCCGGGGAGACUUGGAGCAUAAACUGCGCUGGUCAUUCAAGGUGUAUGACAAAGACAACAAUGGCUUUGUGGACAGAAAAGAGCUCCGGUCAAUAAUUGAUAGCAUCUCUCGGCUAAAGAAAAGCGCAAAGAAGGAAGACUUUGAUUCACAACUUACAGUAGAUGAGGUUGUGGAUCGAAUCUUUCAGGCCGUAGAUAGUGAUGGAGAUGGCCAUAUUAACUUGGAAGAGUUCAUCAGGGGUGCACAGCAGGACCCCUGGGUGCUCAACAUGGUGAAGCUGGAUAUGAAUCCUGCUAGAUGGGUCAUGGAGCAGAGGAGGAGGAGCGCACACUUCUGA